AUGGGUCGGCUAAGGGGUGCUAAAAUUUAUAAAGCUUAUGUAUGUCUCUUUAUCUGUACAAAUACUAAAUGUUUGCAUCUGGAGUUAUUAUCGGAUCUUACCUCAGAAGCCCUUUUGGCAGGUCUCCGUCGUUUUAUUGCACGACGAGGAAAAGUCUUAAAUCUGUAUUCCGAUUGCGGUACCAAUUUUGUUGGUAGCGAUAAAUAUCUGCGGCAAAUAUUUUCCAAUUGUGCGAAAGCUGAAGCGAUAGCGUGGCAUUUCAACCCUCCAGCUGCUCCUCACAUGGGCGGAAUUUGGGAGGCAAAUAUUAAAUCUGUAAAGUCGCAUCUAAUAAGAAUUGUUGGUACUCAAAGAUUAACGUACGAAGAAUUUAACACUGUACUUGUACAAAUAGAGGGAGUUCUUAAUUCUAGACCACUUUGUCCAAUAAGUUCUGAUCCCUCUGACCUGGCAGUACUUACGCCUGGUCAUUUUUUAACUAUGCAACCUCUUAGUGCUUUACCUGACCCUGAUUUUACGAAUCAUAAUAUAAAUCGACUUUCACGCUGGCAACUCUUACAACGCAUUCAUCGCGAUUUUUGGAAUCGUUGGCACAGAGAAUACCUGCACACUCUGCAACAAAGAGCCAAAUGGUUAGAUCCUAUCGGCGAGGUUGAAAUAGGCACCAUGGUGGUGGUAAAAAAUGAGAAUCUACAUCCAUUACAGUGGCUCCUAGGGCGGAUCGUGGAGUUGUUACCUGGGCGCGAUAAUGUACCGCGGGUUGCUGUAGUGAAAACUACUAAGGGUAAUUUUAAGAGACCAUUGGUCAAAUUGUGCCCUUUACCUUUACAAUAA